GCAGCUGCUGCCGGUCAAUAACAAAAAGUGUGUGUCGUGUUUGUUUGUAUGUUUAUAAACUAAUUACGCAUAUUGUAACUAGCUUUUAACACAAUAUGCCGCCGGUUUUUAAAUGUUUAUCAUUGUUAUUAUUGCUGCUCAUAAACUGUUCCCAUGCCUUGCGAGCUUGCACGUCCGAUGAGCUGUGCAUAAGCGAACAGCGUUGCAAUGAAACGGACGAUUCGGGCCGUGGUCAGCUAGGUCCACGCAUUCUGGAUCGCAUCUGUGGCGUCGGACUCGUCUGCUGCGAUAAGGAGCAAUUGGAGAGCUUUGAAGCGAGUCUCAAAUCUACGCAAGCAACAGCAGCCACGCUUGGCUUAGACUUCAAGACAGAUUAUGAAAGCUGCGCUGUUCAGAAGCUGUGCGUGCCUCGACAUCUGUGCCGCACCGGCGUUGUCAAUAUUGAUGGACGCUAUAUAAUCAAGCCACGCAUUGAUCAAAUGAGCAACAAUGGCUGUGGCAUUUUUGAAAGCUGCUGUCCCACAGCCGAUCAGUUGGACGAGAGCCAAAGUCCUUUGCUGCGGCAUUUGCAAGACUUUCAGUACAAGGGCUGCGGUUACAGCAAUCCCAAAGGACUCUACUACGAUCUGGUCGGGUACGACAAUCACGAGGCACGCUACGCCGAAUAUCCUUGGAUGGUGGCUGUGGUGGACAUGCAGGACAACUAUGUGUGUGGCGGCACAUUGAUACAUCCCCAGCUGGUGCUAACCAGUGCCCACAAUGUGGGCAACCACAGCUCGGACAGUUUGCUGGCUCGUGCCGGCGAGUACGACCUAAACAGUCGCCGUGAGCCGCAUGCCCCGCAGACGCGCGGCCUGCGCAGCCUCUGGCGUCAUCAGCUGUUCAACAAACUCAAUUUCCACAACGACAUAGCGCUGCUGGUGCUGCAAAAGCCCUUCGAGCUGGGUCCACAUAUACAGCCACUCUGCCUGCCGCCAGUGGAGACUUCACUGGUGCUGGGCAAUCUGCGAGGAGCGCAUUGCUUUGCCAUAGGCUGGGGCGAUGUUGCCGGACGCAACAAGUCCAUGGAGCGCAUACUCAAGCGCAUUGAUCUGCCAGUGCUGGAGCAUCAGCAUUGUCAGCGGCUGCUUAGGCACACUAUUCUUGGCCAGCGCUUUCAGCUGCAUGGCAGUUUUCUUUGUGCAGGCGGCAUCGAGGGCAAGGACACGUGCCAAGGCGAUGGUGGCUCGCCGUUAUUUUGCAGUUUGCCAGGACAGGCGAAUCGUUAUCACCUAGCCGGCAUUGUGUCCUGGGGCAUUGAGUGUGCCGAGAAGGAUAUACCAGCGGCAUACACGAAUGUGCCGCAUUUGAGAAGCUGGAUCGAUGAUCAAGCAGCCAGAGUGGGCUUCAAGCUGGAGGAACCCUAAGCAGCGUGCACAACUAAAAUGAAUAACCGGGAAUAGGUAAUAAAAUACAAAUUUACAAAAAAUAAGUUAAGUUUACAUAAAGUUAUUA